AACAAUAUUCCAUUCAUUCAUUGCACAAGCAAUAAAACUGUCAAUUUAAAACCAUAUAUCUGUAGAUUGUAUAUAUUUUCUACUUUCUUUUCUCUUUGAAACUAUCGCCAUUUCAUAAUCAGCAUGGCUCUUUGGACAAGAAAAUCAGUUAACCAUUAUGUUUUCAAAAUGGGUUUUCUGGGCAUGAUCAAGAUCAAUCAGAGUUGUUGUUCAUACUCUUCUUUCGGUCCAAAUCUCACAAACCCACUUCCCAAUUUCUCUUCUCGUCGUUUUGAAUCCACCAAAGCAGAGAAACUACGCUCUGAUUCUCCCCGUGAUUUCGAUGUCAAUAGUAAUCAGGUCUUGGAUUUUCCAGGAGGGAAGGUUAAGUUCUCCCCUGAAAUGAGGUUCAUAGCGGAAUCCCCUGUGGAGAGGGUACACUGCUACAGGGUCCUUGAUGACAAUGGGCAGAUAAUCUCAGGCAGCAACUAUGUACAGGUUGAUCAAGAGAUAGCUCUCAAACUGUACACCAACAUGGUUACGCUACAAGUCAUGGACACCAUCUUCUACGAAGCACAGAGGCAGGGGAGAAUUUCCUUUUACGUGACUUCGAUCGGAGAAGAGGCCCUCAAUGUCGCAUCUGCAGCAGCACUAACUAUGGACGAUCUCAUCUUUCCUCAGUACCGGGAACAGGGAGUACUAUUAUGGCGCGGUUUCACUCUGCAAGAAUUUGCAAACCAGUGUUUCGGUAACAAAGCUGAUUUUGGUAAAGGCAGGCAGAUGCCUAUACAUUAUGGAUCUCACAAGCAUAACUACUUCACCGUAUCAUCAACGAUAGCUACACAAAUCCCUCAUGCUGUUGGUGCCGCUUAUUCUUUGAAGAUGGACAACAAGAAUGCGUGCGUGGUCACUUACUUUGGUGAUGGUGGGACAAGUGAGGGUGACUUUCAUGCUGCUCUAAACUUUGCGGCAGUCAGAGAGGCACCAGUUAUAUUUAUUUGCCGGAACAAUGGAUGGGCUAUCAGUACACCUACUUCAGACCAGUUUCGAUCUGAUGGUGUCGUUGUAAGAGGUCAGGGGUAUGGUAUCCGAAGUAUUCGCGUGGAUGGUAAUGAUGCGCUUGCAAUGUACAGUGCAGUUCAUGCCGCAAGGGACAUGGCAAUCAGCGAACACAGACCAAUCUUAAUUGAGGCAUUGACCUACCGAGUGGGACACCACUCCACAUCUGAUGAUUCAACCAAGUAUCGUCCUGUCGAAGAGAUCGAAUGGUGGAGAUUAGCACGAGACCCUCUAACUCGAUUUAGAAAAUGGAUUGAAAGCAGUGGUUGGUGGAAUGGUGAGCACGAAUCAGAGCUCAGAAACAGUGUGAGGAAACAGGUGUUGCAUGCUAUUCAAGUGGCGGAGAAAGUUGAGAAACCCCCAGUUAUGAACCUGUUCACAGAUGUGUAUGACGUUCCACCGGCAAAUCUUCGCGAGCAGGAGCAGUUGCUGAGGGAAACAAUCAAAAGAUAUCCACAGGAUUACCCAUCAGAUGUUCCAGUCUAGUUGUACAAUUUGUAUUUCCUUGCAAAUUGUAAGUAUUAUCAUUGAGUGAAAAGUUCAAACCCCCAAGAUAAGUGGGUGUAGUGGAGGAGUUCAAAGGAAGAAAUUGGCUCAGUUGUAUAGCCAGCCAUCAAAUUAUAACACAACAAAAUCUGUAUUUAAAUAAAAUAUCCACGCCAAUUCUAGUAAAUGAAGGGGCCAAGAAGGCACUACCUUUCCAACUGUUGUCUCCUAUUUUUACCCCCUCCUCUCAAUGGCCAUGCAAAAAAAAAAAAAAAA